AGCACCACCCUAUUCAACAUCUCUAGCAUUCUGCAAACAAACAGAAGUGAACACCAACAUGGCAAUGGUGACAGUAGCAAACACCAUGGCAAUGCCAGUUAGCCAGAGAGUUACCCAGUUAGCCGGCUCCGGUGAGUUCUUUAGUCCAUUUAAGCUGAACACCAGGUCCAUUAGAAGCAAUGUUAAAUCCAGCAACCGUGUCGAGAUCAUCACAGCAUCAUCAUCAAUCAAUGAGAAGGCGAUGACUGGAUUGACAGCGGCAGCUAUGACAGCGGCGCUGGUGAUACCAGAGAUGGCAGAGGCAGCACAGCCGGGGAUUUCUCCAUCUCUGAAGAACUUCUUGCUUAGUAUUGUGGCAGGCGGCGUUGUGCUUACGGUCAUCGUCGGGGCUGUCGUUGCAGUGGCCAAUUUUGAUCCUGUUAAACGAAGCUGAAACAAUGGCUAGUGAUAUGUAAAUGAUGAACAACUGCAUCUUGUUGCGGUGUGUCUCCCCAGUCUCAUUGUUGUAUAAGUUUUCCUCCUUAGUGUAUUUCUCUUUCACAAUCCAAACGUCCCUUUCCCAGAUAUUGAUGAUCCAUUUGCUUAUUUAAUUAUUGGAAUUGAUGUUAUGAAGAUGAUAUCAUGA